AAGAGACACUGUUAAAUGAUUCAACAAAUCCGUGUUUAAAAUGAAAGGAGAAAUCAAACCUGCUGCUUAAAGAUCAUACCAAAGGGUUUAAGAAAACUAAAAGGAGUCACAGGAAGGGGAAACAAAUGGUAGAGAAAGGAGGAGACUCUUAUAACCAGUUGAAGUUCUGCAUUACAAAUUGCAAUAGAGGGUGAGGGCAGGAAACACUGAUGUCAGUCAACGCCUCUGCACCACGCUGACGCCACAGAAGAAGGAGAGACAAGAAGAGGUGCACCACAGCAGCAGUGGAGAAGCAGAGCUGGAUCGAGAAGGUUAACUGUCGCUAGAGGCAAGACUAAAGGAAAUGUGAAGAGCAAAGGAGUACAACUGCAAAGUGGAGAGGGACAGAAAAAGGAAGACGUGGCAAGAGUGCUUUCAGCAAAAAAAAAAAAAAAAGAAUAAAAAAGGAGGAGAGGAGGAACUAUAUUAACAAGCGUGGUAAAAGGUGGAGCAGCAGUUCAAGUAGAGACGGGUGAAGUAAGUAGAGCAGCACCUGCGGUGGUGCCAUCAUGGAGGAGGACAUCAGAAAGCAGGGAAUGCUCUUCCUCCAGCAGCAGCGCUUUGGAAAGAAGUGGAGGAAGGUGUGGUGCGUCCUCUACAGAGAAAGCUCCUGUUCCAUCUCCAGACUGGAGUUCUACGAGUGCAAAGACGGUGGAAAUAUGGAAAAGAACGAUAAAAACCUGCGCAAGCAGCUGGACCACAAGAAGGUCAUCCGUCUGGCGGACUGCAUCCGGGUCACUGAGGUGGAGAUGGAGGGAUGUCCCAAAGACACCAGGUCCUUCCUGAUAGAGACCACAGAAAAAAUAUUUGUGUUUGCUGCUGACAGAAGCCAGGUGGAUGACUGGACUCACAAAUUGUGUGAGACUGCCUUCCCUAUGAACUGGCUGGACCAAGGAUCAAAGUCCAGCAACCUCCAGAGAGGAAAUCAGCUGGAGAGGAGCGCAGGGAUGGAGGAUAACUCCCUGUACAGCGGCAGAGAGACAGUUCAUGAUUUCAGAGUGUCUGUUCGGAAGACGGACGCGUCUGAUCGCUGCAGGCUAAAGGGCGACGGCGUCCUGCGGGCGGACAUGGAUGCUCUACACCUGCUGGACAGGGCGGGAGAUGUCGUGUACUCCUGGCCGUAUCGGUACCUGCGACGAUUUGGACGGGACAAGUGCACAUUUUCCUUUGAGGCGGGUCGCAGGUGUGACUCCGGUGAAGGGAACUUUGAGUUUGACACCAAGGAGGGUAACUCCUUGUUCCAGGCUGUGGAGGCUGCCAUCAACCAGCAGAAGAUCUCCUUUCCCCACAGACAGAUCUCUGCGGGGGGGCAGGGACCACCAGACACCCCUCCGAACCCCAUCCUAACACCCCCGUCUCUCAACCUGCCCUUUUCCCACGGCUGGACGCCGCCAACGCCUCAUCCCCGCACCCAAAUCCCACAAUCCCCAUCUCCUAAGAAUACAAACUGUCUUGAUGGUUUGUGUUUGCAGCAGGCGGACGGCGUGUACAGCAUGGUGAGCGAACCUGUAAACCUUCAGACCCUGCACAACAGAGACAACGACAGCUCUACCUCCCCACAGCAGCAACAGCGCCCCCAGAUGUCUCAACUGGAGCCUCCCCGAGAUAAAAUCUUGACUGGAGUGAAGAGUUUGACUCUGGACAACCGUGGACUCCCUGUUUCACGAAAGAGCCAGGUCAAGAUGAUCUCCAGCUGCCCUCUCCCCAACCCGGAUACUAAUCCAAAUUUGCCCCCCAGCCCUCACCACAGCCCCAAACCCAGCUCCAGCCCGAACAAUGGCCAGACAUACUCUGAGGUCAGCCAUGGGGCAGUUUCAAGGCGGAGCGUUAAGAGGGAUAGGACCAUUCCCCCCUGUACUCCUCCUCUGAUGAGCAAGGAUCCAGAUUACUCCUUACCCUUUGACACAUUAGCCUCCAUUGACAUUCAGAACUCCCAUCAGGCUUUUGGAGAUGAUCCAGGUCCUGAUCCUCUGUACGACAGCAUAGACGAGAUGAAGAUCAGGAACAUCUUCCGGGAUGAAACCAAAACUCUCGGGCCGACCUAUGGAAAGUUAGAGCACAUCUACGAUGAGCCUGAAGGCUGCGCGGUCGCUGCCCCGGCACAGGAGUCCACCCCUGCCACCGUGGUCUAUGAUAAUCCUGAGGAGAUGAAGGGAGAUGCCUGGAAGAUAAUGGCCACAACUGCAGACCCUAAAGGUCACGAGUACCCCUACAACCCCCGCGUGGACGACUAUGCUGUACCCAAACGAGUUCCGAGGCUGUGUGCCAUCUCACAGAACUCCAGUCAGGAAGCAUUUCAAGAGGAAGGAGAGGGGGAACCUGAAUUAGAAGGAAGGGAAAAGCAAAUGGAGGAAAUACAAGAUUCCCCAUACAAGAAUGUGAUGGUGAAAAUAGAGUAGAAAACUCUCCAGCUAUCAAACAAGGCUUCAAAAUCCAGAUCUGAUGGGAUGGUGGCCUGCUUCUUUUUCUGAUUUUCCCCGCCACAUCUGCUGUUAAUUUCCUGGAACCUGUAUGUUUUGCCAGUAGAAAACUUAAAGGGCGGAUGUUUGUCCCUCUAACUGCACCUUUUCCAGAUUCCUCAUCAACGUUGGUCUCAGAAAUCCUCUUUUGUGUUAUGAUCUGUGUUAAAAACUCCUGCAGGAUUCUGUCCAGUUUGUUACCCAGUUGCUCAUGUGAAUGUAAAUUUACAGCAACAUUCACACCCUAAAAAAAUCUCUGGAGAACAGUUUGCACCAGUCAACUAUUGUAAAUAAGAAGAGACGACGUGAAAGAGGAGUUAUGCCUAAAAUUAGCCUGCUAUACUAAUAAAUAUUAAUUUAUCUGCUCAAUUAACCAAAAUAAAAAUGUAAAAUGUUUAUAAGUUGAAUUUUUUACUGCAAUGUACUAAACAGCAUGCAGACUUUCAAUGUCAUAGAUGAAUUUGCUCCUUUAAAAUAAAGUACUAUCAAGCAAAAAUUAGUUUGCUAAUGAUAGCUUUAUUAAGAAGAUGCCAAUGCUACCAACGUACAGAGCUCAGCAUAAAAGUACUAGUUUGAUCAGUAGUUCAACAAACAAAAGAAGAAUUUAACUUUCAACAAGGUUGAGUUUUAUUGAACACUUCAUUAACUCCAUAACAUGAAAUUAAGGUUAAUGAUCUAACUUAGAUCACAUAAUCUUCUUUUUUACUUAAAUUGGCUGAAGCAAAAAUGAAUACACCCUGCAACAAAAGCUACUUCAUCUAGUAUUUUGUUAUGAGCACUGUGAUUUUUAAGGACAGCACCAAGUCUUCUGAGCAUGGAAUGAACAAGUUGGCGACAUAUUGCAACAUCUAUCUUUUUCCAGUCCUCAAGAAUAACCUCUUUUAGAGCCUGGAUGCUGGAUGGAGAGAUAUACUUAACUGUGGCUUCAGAAUUUCCCACAGGUGUUCGAUUGGGUUCAGAUUAGGAGACAUACUUGGCCGGUCAAUCACCUUCAGCCUGUUCUUAAACGGAAAAUCAACAGUAGCUUUAGAACUGGGUUUUGGAUCAUUGUCGUGUUGGAAUCGACUGAUCUGUUUGCUGUUUGCUGAUCUUCUUGUAGCCUUCACCUUUUUUGUGCAAAGAAAUGAUUUCCUUUCUCAGAUUUUAUGACAUUUCUUUUCCAUGGGGAGCCAUUACUGACUGCAAGAAAUGGGAAGGGCUUUUCUUUGUUAAGAAAUGCCCUUUUAUAGUCACCUGUGUGCUGGACACCUCUUAAAUGAAUCAUUAGACCAACCCGUCUAACCCAUGCCUGUUAAUUAGAAUUUUAUAGUCUUAAUUUUUUUUUUCUCCUAAGACUAUGACAGGGGUGAAUUCCUUUUUGCAACAUGGGCAUGAGUUAUGUUGUUAGGUCAAUAGCUUUUUUGUGUGAGCAAAUUAACAUAUCUUUUUUACAAUCAAUGUCUUACCUUUAUAAGUGUAUUUUGUAGUGUAGUAUUUCACAGAAAAUGUUGAUUCUGAAAGGACACUAAAUGUUUUCUGACAAA